AUGAGUGGUAAAGCAAAUCCUCCUGAAUUGAAGAAAUUUAUGGACAAACAAUGUCAAUUGAAAUUGAAUGGAAAUCGAACAGUGGUCGGUGUCCUACGAGGUUUUGAUCCGUUUAUGAACUUAGUCAUCGACGAAGCUUAUGAAGCUACAAAGACUGGUGAAAAACGUCCAAUUGGCAUGGUUGUCGCUCGAGGAAAUAGUGUGCUCAUGAUUGAAGCACUCGAACGACUUGGUUGA